UCAAAUGUGCUGCAGGAAUUUGUUGUUGCACCAGGGAGAUGCAUGUGAGCCUUUUGGAUUUCAAAUAGUUCCCGUUCACCCUCGGAGAAUGGCCAAAACAAGUCCGACAACUCUGGGACCAUUGGAUUUACAAGGAAAGAAAAGGCGACAAGCGACCAUUGGAAGAAUUCUUUUACCACAGACUACAGAUAAGAGAAGAAAAAUGUCCACUCCUCCACCAACCUCUUGUGAGUGGAUGCUCCUGGUUGAACAGAAGAAUAUAAAUGUUCGGGUGACAAGCAUGGAUGCUGAGCUGGAAUUUGCCAUCCUGCCCAGCACCACAGGCAAACAGCUUUUUGAUCAGAUAGUGAAAACUAUUGGGCUGAGGGAAACUUGGUUCUUCGGUCUUCAGUACCAGGACAGCAAAAGCUUCUCUACCUGGCUAAAGCUCAACAAAAGGGUGACUGCUCAAGAUGUGAAGAGAGACAACCCUCUGUUGAUUAAGUUCAGGGCAAAGUUUUACCCUGAGGAUGUUGCAGAGGAACUCAUCCAGGAGGCAACUCAACGUCUCUUCUUUCUGCAGGUAAAAGAGAGCAUCCUAAAUGACGACAUUUACUGUCCACCUGAGUCUGCUGUUCUAUUAGCCUCAUAUGCAGUUCAGGUCAAACAGGGAGACUUCAGGAAAGAUUAUCACGUACCAGGCUACCUAACACGAGAGAAGCUGCUUCCCCAAAGGGUUUUAGAGCAGCACAAACUGAAUAAGAAUCAGUGGGAGGAAAGAAUUCAAGUGUGGCAUCAAGAGCACAAGGGAAUGCUAAGGGAGGAUGCGAUCGUGGAAUACUUGAAGAUAGCCCAGGAUCUUGAGAUGUAUGGGGUCAAUUACUUCAGUAUCAAGAACAAGAAAGGAACUGAGCUGUGGUUGGGAGUGGACGCUCUAGGCCUCAACAUAUAUGACAAAAAGGACAAGCUAACCCCCAAGAUUGGCUUCCCCUGGAGUGAGAUCAGGAACAUUUCCUUCAAUGACAAGAAGUUCGUCAUCAAACCUAUUGACAAGAAAUCUCCGGACUUUGUUUUCUAUGUACCCCGUCUUCGCAUCAACAAACGUAUACUGGCACUGUGUAUGGGGAAUCACGACUUGUACAUGCGCAGACGUAAACCGGACACCAUCGAGGUGCAGCAGAUGAAGGCCCAAGCGAAGGAGGAGAAGAACAAGAGGCAGAUGGAGAGGGCUCUGCUUGAAAGUGAGAAAAAAAAGCGCGAAAAUGCUGAGAAGGAAACCGAGAAGAUUGCUCGUGAAACUAUGGAGCUGAUGGAGAGAUUGCGACAGAUUGAAGAGCAGACAAAGAGAGCUCAAGAUGAGUUGGAGGAGCAGACUCGCAGAGCGCUUGAGUUAGAGAAGGAGAAGGCACUUGCACAGGAGGAAGCUCAGAGCCUGGACAAUGACCACAGGGCCGCAAUGCAGGCUAAAGAGGCUCUGCUACAGCAUCCUCUAUCUGAGAUGAAGAGUCAGGACGAGCUGGCCACUGAGCUGGCAGAGCUUACAACGAAAAUCUCCCAGCUGGAGGAUGCCAAGAAGAAAAAAGACGAGGAGGCAAUGAGAUGGCAGAAAAGGGCGAUGAUGGUUGAAGCUGAUUUAGAGCGGACCAAAGAAGAGCUGAAGUCUAAAAUAAUGGGAAUCCACAUCCAGGAUUCUGUUCACACUCACAUGCAUGAUCACGACGAGACAGAUGAGAGCAGCGCGGAGGCGAGUGCUGAGUUAAUGUCUCCUGGCACUGUACGAGACCGCAGUGAAGAGGAAAGAAUAACAGAGGCCCAGAAGAACCAGAGACUGCAGAAAAAUUUGAAGUUCCUGAGUACUGAGCUUGCUCGAGCUGUGGACGAAAGCAAAAAGACCCCAAAUGACCUGAUCCAUGCUGAGAACGUAAAGGCUGGUCGCGACAAAUACAAGACCCUGCGUCAGAUUCGUCAGGGCAAUACCAAACAGCGCAUUGAUGAAUUUGAGUCCAUGUGAGAAAAGUCCACUGUAGAUGGACUGAAUGAUUCACUAAAUUGGAUCUAACAGAGAAACAGAGAAGUAGAGCAGUAUUGAAUUGAUGCCAGUAUAAUAUCUCAGAAUUGAUGUGUAGUCGUAAUAUGACAACAAAUUAUGUACUGUUACUGUCCUUGAUUUUCUAUGCUUGAUUUGACUUGAGCCUGUGAGGAAAAUUAUAUUACUUGCAAACAUACACCAACCAUAACAUGAAAUACUCCUGCACAAUCUAAUUAGAGCCAUAAUCUUCAUCAAAUUUAAUGUAUUCUGCAUUUUUAAAGCUAAUAAAGUCUGGUUUGAUGAAAGCUGAUAGAGAUAUUGUUUUACUAAUUAGGUACUUUAUUAUUGUCAAGCUAAUCUGAUAGUUUUGAAUAUGUACGGUAAUGCAGUUUUCCCAUGUCUUUCCAUUUAAGGCAUAGAUAUUUAGUUUUACGUACUUAAUUCUUACAAAUAAACAAAACAAAAAAAAAAACACAAACUGACAGAGUCAGUGAAAACUGAGCAGUUAGAAUUUGUGGCACAGUAAUGGAUCUCAUUAGUUUGUGCUGGUGUGUAUGACGUAUCAAAGUAGUUUUUUCCGGUUCAUUGAUUUUUUUUUUUUUUAUUUUUAUCUUCCUAUGAAUAAUACAACUUGGAUCUGGCAUUUACAGUAAGUUGUUCAUAUUGUUCUCACCGACUGCAAAUGUUUAUUGUCUUUACCUCGUUGAAAUAUACAGUAGUCACCAUCAGUUUGACUGUAUACGCUCUUUCAUAAGGUUUUGAAUUCCCUUCCACGUGCCAAAUAAUGCGCUUCAUGAAACAGUAGCAAUUAGAUUGAAAGGAAAAUACUCAUGCCUUUUAAGAGUGGUAAAAUAGCAUAAUCACAUUAACUUUGGACUCUGUUUCUCAUUCUUUAUCAUGAGAAAGUGUGUCCAAACGGCUGACUGGUAGUUUAUGUUUCCUGCAUUUUUGUCUUUCCUGUUUGUUAUGCUUUUUCCCUUCACAUUCAUCUCCUCACUUUUUUGACGUAUCACUUUCUCCAUCUUGAUUGCAAUAACAUCGUAAUUUUGACAGCUUCAAAACUUAAUAUGAAUAUCUAAGUCUGAAUGGCACAUUCAAUAUCAAGCUAUAUUGUGUGAUUAGAUGACCUACCAAAGUCUGUUACUCCAGCUUUUUUGAGCCGGGUCACUAUUGUUGCAUAUUAUAAUUAUGCAGCUCACCCCUCUGAUUGCAGUUGAAAUUAAUUACCGUAAUUUUUGGACUAUAAGGCACACCUGAGUAUAAGCAGUCUCCUGAAUUUUUUUGUCUUUCCCGUUUGUUCUGCUUUUUCCCUUCACAUUCAUCUCCUCACUUUUUUGACGUAUCACUUUCUCCUUCUUGAUUUCAAUAACAUCGUAAUUUUGACUGCUUCAAAACUUAAUAUGAAUAUGUACUAGUAAG